CUGAAUUUUCUCUUGUCUGCUCUGGAACUGACUGGGUAGGCUACAUACCCUUUAAAAAGGUUUUGAAGAUGAACAAAGCAUUUUACCAAGACUGGGAAGGUGGUAAACAGGGAGAUGGCUGUCAACAGCUUGGCUGUCAGGUCAAUCAGCAGUUUGGCAAACACACACGAAGCCACGAAGCAGAUUGUGCAGUGUCAAUGACUGUGCAACAAGCUUGUUCUGCUACUUCAGAGACAUGUGUAUCAGAAGCUUCAUCACUUGCUGCAGACAGAGUUUCUCAAUAUGCAUGUCAGAGGAGGACAACUCUAAAUAAUUACAACAAAAAGUUCACGGAUGCUUUUGAGAUACUGGCUGAAAAUUGUGAGUUCAGAGAAAACAGACUAGGUUGUUUGGAAUUCUUGAGAGCAGCUUCUGUGCUGAAAUUCCUUCCAUUUCCUAUAGUAAAAAUGAAGAAUAUAGAAGGACUGCCUUGCAUGGGAGACAAAGUCAAAUGUGUCAUUGAGGAAAUACUAGAAGAAGGAGAGAGUUGUCAAGCUAAAGAAAUAUUAAAUGAUGAACGAUACAAAUCAUUCAAAUUGUUUACUUCUGUGUUCGGAGUGGGGUUGAAGACAACUGAAAAAUGGUACAGAAUGGGUUUUCGAACUCUGGAAGAAGUAAAAGCUGAGAAGACUCUGAAGCUGUCACGAAUGCAGAUAGCAGGGUUUCUCCACUAUGAAGACAUUAUUUCCUAUGUAUCUAAGGCUGAAGCAGAUGCAGUGAGCCUACUUAUCAAGGAUACUGUGUGCAUGUUUUUACCAGACGCUUUAGUGACCAUAACUGGUGGUUUCAGAAGGGGAAAGAAGACUGGCCAUGAUGUAGAUUUUUUGAUCACCAAUCCAGGACCAGAGGAAGAAAAAGAACUUUUACAUAAAGUGGUUGACUUAUGGGAAAAACAGGGCUUACUUUUAUACUAUGAUGUCAUUGAAUCAACAUUUGAAAAGGAAAAACGGCCAAGUAGAAAAGUUGAUGCUUUGGAUCAUUUUCAGAAAUGCUUUGCAAUUUUAAAAUUACAUCAGCAAAGAAGAGGCAACAGCAAUAGCAAUAUAUCCAAAGAAUCUGAUAAAGCAGAAGUCAAAGACUGGAAGGCAAUCCGGGUGGAUCUGGUCAUAAGCCCCUUUGAACAAUAUGCAUAUGCUCUGUUAGGUUGGACUGGCUCCAGGCAAUUUGAACGUGACUUACGAAGGUAUGCCUCUCGUGAAAGGAAGAUGAUGUUGGAUAACCAUGCCUUAUAUGAUAAGACUAAGAGGACAUUUCUCAAAGCUGAAAGUGAAGAAGAAAUUUUUGCCCAUCUUGGCUUGGAUUACAUUGAACCAUGGGAAAGAAAUGCCUAA